AAGUGAAAGUGUGUGUGAGUGACAGCAGAGCUGCAGUGGAGACGAGUCUCUCUGUUUCUCUCUAAAGAAACAUUCAACUGAAUCCAGCAGGUUUUUCUCAGCAACAAACACUGAGUGUCGAUAUGUCUGCUGCCAGCUGUCUGCUGACUGAAGAUCAGUUUCUGUGCUCCAUCUGUCUGGAUGUGUUCACUGAUCCAGUCACCACACCAUGUGGACACAACUUCUGUAAAAUCUGCAUCACUGAACACUGGAGUACUAAUGUCCCCUAUCAGUGUCCAAACUGUAAAGAGGUUUUCCAACAAAGACCUGAGAUGCGGGUCAACACUUUCAUCUCUGAGAUGGCUGCUCAGUUCAGACAGUCAGCUCAACAGAAAGCCAGCAGCAGCAGCUCAGAGCAACAAGUUUCCAAACCAGGAGAAGUUCCCUGUGACGUCUGCACUGGAACCAAACUGAAGGCCCUGAAGUCCUGCCUGGUGUGUCUGGAAUCCUACUGUGAGACUCACCUGGAGCCUCAUCUGACAAGAUCAGGCCUGAAAAGACAUCAGCUGAUCGACCCUGUGGAGAACCUGGAAGGCAGGAUGUGUCUGAAGCACGAUAAACUGCUGGAGCUGUUCUGUAAGACCGACCAGAUGUGUGUCUGCAUGCUCUGCACUGUUUUAGACCACAAGACACAUGAUGUUGUUCCUCUGAGAGAAGAAUAUGAAGGAAAGAAGACCGAGCUGGGGAAGACAGAGGCUGAAAUUCAGCAGAUGAUACAGAAGAGACGACUGAAGAUUGAAGAGAUCAAACACUCAGUGGAGCUCUGUGAGGAAGAUGCAGACAGAGAGAUAGCAGAUGGUGUUCAGGUCUUCACCGCUCUGAAGGAGUCUGUUGAGAGAAGCCAGGCCGAGCUCAUGGACACGAUCAAAGAGGAGCAGAGAAAGACAGAGAAACAGGCUGAAGGCUUCAUCAAAGAGCUGGAACAGGAAAUCUCUGAGCUGAAGAAGAGGAGCACUGAGGUGGAGCAGCUCUCACGCUCUGAAGACCACCUCCACCUCCUCCAAAGCUUCACAUCCCUGAACACUGCUCCACCCACCAAGGACUGGACAGAGGUCAGCGUCCGUCCACCUUCAUAUGAGGGGACUGUGAGGAGAGCUGUGAGUCAGCUGGAGGAGACGCUCAAUAAACAGAUGAAGAAGCUUCUCACUGAGGCCGAGCUGAAGAGGGUCCAGCAGUCUGCAGUGGAUGUGACACUCGAUCCUGAUACAGCACAGCCCUAUCUCAUCCUGUCUGAUGAUGGAAAACAAGUUAAACAUGGUGCUGUAGAGAAGAAUCUUCCAAACAAUCCAGAGAGAUUUGAUUGUUGUGCCUGUGUCUUAGCAAAGCAGAGUUUCUCUUCAGGAAGAUUUUAUUAUGAGGUUCAGGUUAAAGGGAAGACUAAGUGGGAUUUAGGAGUGGCCAGAGAGUCGAUCAACAGGAAGGGAAAGAUCACACUGAGUCCUCAGAAUGGUUACUGGACGAUAUGGUUGAGGAAUGAAAAUGAGUACAAAGCUCUUGCUGGCCCUGAUAUUAGUCUCUCUCUGAAGUCUCGGCCUGAGAAGGUGGGGGUGUUUGUGGAUUAUGAGGAGGGUCUGGUCUCCUUUUAUGAUGUUGAUGCUGCAGCUCUUAUCUACUCCUUUACUGGCUGCUCCUUCACUGAGAAACUCUACCCACUCUUCAGUCCUUGUAAUAAUGAUGGUGGUAAAAACUCUGCCCCUCUGAUCAUCUCUCCUGUCAAUCAAGCACGUAGGAGCAGUUUGAUCAGAGGAAUUGUAUUUUAACUCAAACUAAUAGCGUCAGUCAGACAAAGUAGAACAACCAUCUGAUUUUCUACAGAAAGAUUCACUCUCAUUUAAUGUAAUAAAUGUAUAUUAUUGGUGAUGUACUGUGAAUACAUUGUUGAUUUUUUAGAUUCUGAUCAAUGUGGUUUUUCCUCUUUUUCUGUAAAUGGUUCCUUUGAUGUGUCACGUUGCUACUUACUACUACAACACAAAGAUUUAAUCCCACUGCUGAUAUUAUGUAAUGUAAUCUUGUUUAUUCCAAUGACUGCAUUAACUGCCUUAAAGACCUUUGAAUCAUCAAAAACAAAUGUACUCAAUCUAUAUAGUGAUAAUGUGAAAAAUGAUGGAAAGUGUACAGGACUGCUUCUAAAACAUUCAAAGGUCUAAUGAAAUAAUUAGGCAUGUACCCGAUUAUGUCAGUUGGAUCAGAUCCAGCCGUUUAAUACGAAUAUUCAACCGUUCUUUUUGUGUUUGUUUUCAUAUACAGCUCUAAUGUUUGAACAGGGCUCAGCAGGACGUUCAGUGUGACAGUGGAAAUCAUGCAAUAUAGUUAACAAGCUAACGACAGAUCAGAAAUGUGCAACAUUUUCUGCAGACACCACAUAUCAAAACAAAAGC